UUUUGACAACAUGACAAAUGUGUCGGGGAUAGACGUCAAAAUAUGGAAGAAUCUGACUCUGUCAGAGAGGGUAGCCGUGUAAACAAUAAUAUGAAAGUUAGCAAUGGUCCUCGAGCAGUAACUAUUAAAAAGACAGAAACUGGUUUUGGCUUCAAUGUGAGGGGCCAAGUAAGCGAAGGUGGCCAACUGAGGAGUAUCAAUGGGGAGCUGUACGCCCCUUUACAGCACGUCAGUGCUGUUCUUGAAAAGGGGGCCGCUGAACAAGCCGGUAUCAGGAAAGGAGACAGGAUCUUGGAAGUAAAUGGCGUUAAUGUUGAAGGGGCAACGCACAAACAAGUCGUAGACCUUAUAAAAUCCGGUGGAGAUGUUCUCACCCUCACCGUUAUAUCAGUCACUCAACAGGAAGCCGAACGUCUGGAGCCAAACGAAGAUAAUCAAGUAUGUUACGAUUACAGCGAGAAGCGAUCUCUACCUAUCAGUAUUCCCGAUUAUCAUUAUCUAGAGAGGGGCGGCGAGAGAUACGUCGCCUUCAACAUCUACAUGGCCGGGAGGCAUCUGUGCUCGAGGAGAUACAGGGAGUUUUCGAAAUUGCAUGUGGACCUCAAAAAGGAAUUUUUGGGUUUUACAUUCCCGAAACUGCCGGGCAAGUGGCCGUUCACGUUGAGCGAACAGCAACUUGACGCUAGAAGGAGGAACCUCGAGCAGUAUCUAGAGAGGGUGUGCGCCGUCCGCGUAAUCGCAGAGUCGGAUAUAAUGCAGGAGUUUCUGACCGAUCAGGACGAUGAGAGUAUCAGCAGUCCCGUCGACCUGAAAGUAUUACUUCCAAAUCGUGAUGUCGUAACAAUAUCCUUAAGAAAAAGCGCAAAUUCCGACGAAGUUUACGAAGCGGUGGUCAAGAAAAUCAACAUGUCCCUGGAAACCUCAAAGUAUUUUUAUUUAUUUGAGAUUGUCGAGUAUAACUUUGAACGUAAGCUUCAGUGUAACGAGAAUCCCCAUAAUUUAUACAUACAGAACUAUAGCACUGCCACCAGCACGUGUCUGUGCGUGAGAAAAUGGCUGUUCUCGCUCACCAAAGAGGUGGCUCUGCUGAAAGAUCCCCUGGCUACUUCGUUCAUAUUUUGGCAGGCGGUGGAUGAGGUUAACAGGGGCUACAUACAAGCGGGCGAACGUUUGUACCAGCUGAAAGCGCUACAAGAUAAUACUCGAGCUUCUGAAUAUUUAAAAUUGGCUCGGGAACUGCCUGGUUACGGGGACGUUGUCUUUCCCCACUGCGCGUGCGAUUCCAGAAAGGACGGUCAUGUCGUUGUGGCGAUAGGGGCCAACGGUAUAAAGCUGCACGCGUGCAAAGAAGACGGUUCUUUGGAAAGUCAGCAGGUUGAGCUUGGAUGGGACUGCGUACGUCAGUGGGAGGCGGACGAAGAGAGCAUGGCCUUCUGUUUGAAAUACGCCAGGCCGGACAGGACGCCGAGAUGGCUGAAAAUAUUCACGCCAUACUAUUUCUACUUGAUGGACUGCUUCGAGAGAAUCAUGGAGGAAAGUAAAUGGUUGGAUACAGGAGAGUGACUCCCUACGCUCAAGGUCUCGCCACACAAAAGAUCCUCUUAAACGAUUACAAGUAUUGAACACAGUACUCUCUAUAUAGUAAUCUAUCUAAAUCAAUGUAUAGACUACUAUAAUGAAUGUUAAAUAUUUAUGUAUCGUUAAGUAUUACUAUUAGAUAACUUGAUAUUUAGGAAGAUGAGAACAAAGAGAUUGCCACUGAAUUGAAAUGGCGAAAUGUGAUCCGAAUAAUUAAUCUAGUUGCACCUUUUAGCGAAAAUUGUGUCAUUCAGAACGUUACACCACAUGAUUAACAAAAUUAUUAUCAUUGUUGAGAUUAUAUAAAUUCAAUGUUUAAAACGUUAUAGAUUCAAUUUUUCUUAUAUACAUAUUUUAAUUAAUCAGUUUAAGGAUCGAUCUAUUGUAUAUAUAUGAAUAAAUUAAAUAUUCUAAGAA